AUGAGUACGUACGAAAGGGAAGAACUUCGUGGGGUGGCUAUUCAUUAUUUACUUCUGGCUCAAGACAAGAAACAUGGGUUAGUAAAGUUAAGCGAUUUGAAGAAAGUUUUCCCAAAAACUUACGAUAAAAAGACCGUCAUUGGCAUUUUAGACGAAGUGGUGAGGGAAAUGAAGGAUCUUUUUGGGAUAGAGGUUUGUGUGGUGGAUACGGGGAAGGGAACCUUUGUUUUACUUAAAAAUGAAAUUGAUUCGGGAGUGCCCUAUCUUGAUUCUACAGUAGACAGUGGAGAUAAAUUAGAAAAUGCCAAAAAAGGAGUUUUACUUGCUGUACUUAUGUAUAUUUUUAUGGCCAAAAAUCCGGAAAUUCCUUCCUCAUCAGUAACUAGUACGGCAGUUUCUGAUUUCCUGGAGACGCUUGGCCUGAAUAACAUUCAGCAACUCGAUUUGGAAAAAUUAAUUAGUCCCAAGCCAACAGCAGAGUUUAUUACUGAAGGUUGGAUAGAUUUUGAAAAAAGUUCUGAUAGGGAUGGGAACGAAUCUGUUUUUUACAGCUGGGGACCUCGCGCGAAAGCCUGUGUUGAUCCAAAGAAGGUAUUUGAGUUGUUUUGUGCGAUUGAUGGUGGGGAUCCUGAGGAAUGGAAAGAUUACAAAGCAUUUGUUGAUUCUUCUAAGAAAGAUGAACAAAGAAGUUCUUGA